AUGCUUAGAACCAUAGCCUCUGCUCAAAGAUCAGCAAUUCGUUCAUUUGCUACCUUUUCAUCUCCUGAAUCAGUUUUACCAAAAAAGUAUGGUGGAAGAUACACUGUUACUUUGAUUCCAGGUGAUGGUGCUGGUAAAGAAAUCACUGACUCUGUUAAAACCAUUUUCAAAUCACAAAAUAUUCCAAUUGAUUGGGAAGUUGUUGAUGUUAGUGGUGUUGCUGGUGAUUCUGGUAAACAUCAUGGUGUUGAUGAAGCCGUUGAAUCUUUGAAAAGAAACAAGGUUGGUUUAAAAGGUAUCUUGUAUACUCCAUCUGACAAAUCAGGUAAAUCUUUGAAUGUUGCUUUAAGAAAAGAAUUGGAUAUUUAUGCCUCUUUGGUGUUGAUUAAAAACAUUCCUGGUGUUAAAGGAGUUUAUGAAGGUAUCGAUUUUGCCUUGGUUAGAGAAAACACUGAAGGUGAAUAUUCUGGUUUGGAACAUCAAUCAUACCCAGGUGUUGUUGAAUCGAUGAAGGUUAUCACCAGAUUCAAGUCGGAAAGAAUUGCUAAAUUUGCAUUUGAUUUUGCUCAAAAAAACAAUAGAAAAUUGGUUACUGCUAUCCACAAGGCCAAUAUUAUGAAAUUGGGUGAUGGUUUAUUCAGACAAACCGUCAAGGAUGUUGCACAAGAUUACUCUGGUAUUGCCGUUAAUGAUUUAAUUGUUGAUAAUGCAUCCAUGCAAGCAGUUGCUAAACCACAACAGUUUGAUGUUUUGGUUACUCCAAACUUGUAUGGUUCCAUCUUGUCAAACAUUGGUGCUGCUUUAAUUGGUGGUCCAGGUUUGGUUCCUGGUGCCAACUUUGGUAGAGAAUAUGCUGUUUUCGAACCAGGUUGUCGUCAUGUUGGUUUAGACAUUGAAGGUAGAAAUACUGCCAACCCAACCGCCAUGAUUUUGUCUGCCGCUAUGAUGUUGAGACACUUGGGAUUGAAUACAGAAGCUGACAAGAUUGCUCAAGCUACUUAUGAUGUUAUUGCUGAUGGUAAGGUUAGAACCAAGGAUAUCGGUGGUAACUCAUCAACUACUGAAUUUACUGAAGCCAUUAUCAACAAAUUAGAUUAA